AUGGAAGCCAAAUUGGCCCAAUAUGCUGCUCUCAGCCAGAAAGACAAAGGACCUGCAUUCACAUCUCUCAUCCCACAAAUCUUGUCACAAUCAGGCCCAUCCAUACCAAAAGACCUCCACACAUUGGUAGACACAGUCGUUAAUCAGGAUAGCGUCGGCUUAGUCGUUGGGCGUCAAGUUCUCUCUGAGGUCGUGAAGGUCCUGAGUGAAGGCGCUAUCAAGGAUGUAGAACUGAGAAAACGCGUGGUCGAAGAUACACUGGCCACAGUCCAGCCGAGAAUUGUGAACUCCCUGAGAUUCCAAUUGGCAGAUAUUCUCGAGGAAGAGGAAGAAUGGAGCGAUGCUGCAAGGGUCCUUAUGGGCAUCUCGCUGGACUCGGGCCAAAGAUCCAUCGCAGAUUCAGAAAAGCUGCGCGUGUACGUUCGCAUCGUUCGACUGCUUCUUGAGGACGAAGACUCUGUCCAAGCCGAAACGUACUACAAUCGCGCCGCUCUGCUUGUCCACUCUGCGAGUGAUCGGGAGACUAUCCUGCAAUUCAAGCUAUGUCAAGCCCGGAUCAGUGACUACAGCAGAAAGUUCUUGGAAGCCGCAAGCAGAUACCACGAACUUAGCUAUGUUGGAGAAAUCGACGAAGAAGAACGUCGCCAUAUGUUACUGGCAGCGGUCACUUGUGCCGUUCUUGCACCUGCAGGACCGAAUCGCUCUAGAGUUCUAGCAUCGUUGUACCGCGAUGAACGAACAACCGAUCUACCAACCUACAACAUCCUUUCAAAAAUGUUUCUGGAUCAUAUCCUGCGGCCGGCUGAGAUAAAGGAGUUCGAGAAAUCUCUGAAACCUCACCAGCUUGCCAAAAUCUCAAUCUCUUCAAAUGAUAGGCUAGCAUCUAUUGGCAACGAUGACGGUGGCGACCUGGACCCAACCGCUAGCACACGAACGGGCCCGUCAACCGUGCUCGACCGCGCUGUCAUGGAACACAAUCUCCUUGCAAGUUCCAACAUCUAUAAUAACAUCACUUUCAAAGGUUUGGGUGCGCUUCUGGAUUUGACACCCGGUGCAGCAGAAACAAUGGCACGCAAAAUGAUUGAACAAGGACGAUUGCGUGGAAGCAUUGACCAAGUUGACAAACUUAUUUGGUUUGAAGGAAAUCGUGAAGAAGACGACGCUCAAGGAAAGGCUGGUGGGUUGGGUGAUGUAGAGGAAGCAGAAGACACAGGUGCACCGUUCACCAAACGCUGGGACACCCAAAUUCGACUAACUGCUGCCCACGUCGAGUCCAUUGUCCAACAUUUGACAGACAAAGGUUUGGUGUCGUCUACCGUUGAAGCCAAGUAG